CAUGAAUGUAAGCUUGAAAUUGAAGAUCAAGUUGCCUUUGCGUGUAAAUAUUUACCAGAUGGCAAGGUAAAAUUCCUAUAUUUAUCGUUUACAAAAUACGAUCAUUAUCGCACAUCAGCGCUCUAUAUUAGACUUAUCUAGCACCUUUGCAUUGUAGGUGAACAAUAUAUGUUUUACAAUAUCAGAAAGUUUAUUUUCUAUUAUCUAAAAUAUGCAUUUUGCGUAAAACGUAUUGCAAACUCGCCAUUAGCCACAUGAUAGUUGAAACGUGAAGCGAUCUACAGGGUAAAUUACGCAGUAUUGUUGAUAUUUUUACAGUUGGGAACCUUCUUAAAUGAUUUAUGUAAGACAAUGAUAAAGACUGGAAACCUUGAAGGCAUAUUGGUAACAGGUAACUAUAUAGUUGUUUGCCGUUGCAUUUUGGUUUGUUUAUACAUAUUUUGUGUAUGUCUGCAUGUUUGUUUGUUUGUUUGUUUGUUUGUUUGUUUGUUUGUUUGUUUGUUUGUUUGUUUGUUUGUUUGUUUGUUUGUUUGUUUGUUUGUUUGUUUGUCUAAUUUCAUGUCUUAAUAAUUAUAUGUUAUUGCAUGCAUUUCUGUCUGUCUAAACGUUUUUAUUUUGAAACGCAUGGUUUAUGUGUCUUGAAACUAAAAGUAAAACACUCUCUUUUAAGGAAUGACAGAAGACGGAAUUAAUUUGCUACAGAAGUAUAUAAACCUG